CGUCUCGCUAAUACUCAUCUCUUCUCGGUCUUACCUCCGCCCCGGAUCUCCAGACAAAGUGAGUCGCUCACUAUCACCCUAUGAUCGAUAACGAGCUCCGCCAAUCCUAAUCCCACUCCCAUCUCCAUGGCCGCUCCUCUGCUUCUCAGAGGUCUUCCACUCCUCCGCCUCCGACUCCACCAACACCAGUACAGUGCCGCCGCCGGUAUCUUCUCGACGCCGCGCCGUCCCUGGUGCACCGCCGCAGAGCCGAGUGGGGCCGACGAGAGUUUAUCCUCUACGGACAAAUCAACCCCAGCUUGGAGCGCCGGAGACCCUCCGAAGUACCCUCGGUGGGACGACCCUGACUACCGCUGGAAAGAUAAAGAGGCCGAGAUUCUCAAAGACAUCGAGCCCAUCACUUCGCUAACCAAAGAGAUUCUCCACUCCGGCAGGUACGUAGAUGGGGAACGUCUAACAGUCGAAGAUGAGAAAGCUGUGUUAGAGAAGCUUCUUGCUUAUCAUCCACAUUCUGAAGAUAAAAUUGGAUGUGGACUUGAUUCUAUAAUGGUUGAUCGGCAUCCCCAAUUUAAACGGUCAAGAUGCCUCUUUGUCGUUAGAACUGAUGGCGGAUGGAUAGACUUCUCAUAUCAAAAGUGCCUUCGAGCAUACAUUCGAGAUAAGUACCCAUCCCAUGCAGAAAGGUUCAUUCGAGAACAUUUCAAACGUGGUAGCGGUUGAUAUUAGUUAGCCCAAAGGCUUACAAGUUUUAAUAUCACUAGAGAUGGUCAUGAUAUGUCCAUUUUGUUUUUCGUUUUGUUUCCCUUAUGUGGCAAGAGAACAUGCAUUUUGGUUUCAGUGACUAUACAUAUAGCCUAGAUCUGCAAAUUGUCAAUGCGGUAGAUAAUCCUUGACCGGGACUUAAAGUUUGUUUACACAUGAAGACAGGAAAUGAUUGAAGUUGGCUGUUUUUGUUGA